AUGGGCCACAGGUCGUCUCAGGUCCAGCGGAAUAGGCCUUUCAAGGGCUCGAGCAAAACCAAGAAGGCGGGUGUGAAGGCUCAGAAUAACAAGGGUCCGAAGGUGGUUGUUGGGAAAGAUGCGCGCAAGGACAGGAGCAAGGCGUUACGAGACCAGAAGACUGCGCACAUAAAGGAGUUGAUGCAGAAGGAGAUUAACAGCGGCAAAGCACCACGGCUGGUGUGUUUCCUUCCUGUGAGUCCGUCUGCUUCGAGCGUGGCCUUGGCCAAGGCGGUGGUGGCGUAUGUCUGUCGAGAUUUGGCGCAGACAACUUGGAGCAAAGAAGACGCGGAGAAGUUGUUUGAGAGUACGGUGGCCAAGGUCGAGGCUGGGCAGCCGGUUACAGUGUUUCUGCCUGCGUGGGCGGGGAAGAUAAAGUGGAUUGACAUUGUUGCCAUCCAGCAUCCCACGGAGCCGUGUUCGCAAGCCGACUUGACAAGCGCAGUUAUUGAUGCGCUGGAUAUAUGCAAGGUCGCCGACAUUGUGGUUCCUGUAUUCGCAGACGCAACGGUGGACGACGCGGGUUUCGGCAAGUUCGGCAAUGAAGUUACGUCUCUGUUACAUAAGCAGGGACUACCGGCUGUUUGCGGUGUCAUGAUCCCUUGGACGGAGCAGGGCAGCUUCGACAUCGUAAACCGAUCCGUGCAAUCGGCCUUCAGUAAGGAGACCCGCUGUUUCGACCUUUCUGAGUCGAUCCAGAGCGCAAUGGGUGUCGAUAAACUCAAGAAACGAAGCAGUCAGAUGAACAACUUUAUUCGGCAUAUGUGCAGUAUCGGACUGCCUCGGCUAAGUUGGAGAGAAGAUCAGCGUGGCUACGGCAUAGUGCCCGCUGGCAGCUGGGCGAAGGUAGAUGACGGCAAGCUGCAGAUUCAGAUGUACGCUCGCGGCCUAGGUUUUUCGACUCGCUUUCCCGUCCAUAUAACUGGCGUAGGAGACUUUCCCGUGCUGGAGGUGGGAGUGGUUCCGCUCCGUGGAAACACGUUGACCCCGGGAGAAUACGAGACAGUGGAGAUGCUAGCCGACUUUGAUUCGUUCGAGCGAGGCUGGCAGUCUCUGGCCGUCCCCGGUGGAAAUGUUGCCCCUAAUGGGGGUGUUUUGACUAAGGCUGCCCCCAGUUCAAAUGACUCCGCUGCCCCCGCCAUCUCAGGUGCGUUCGGAGUCGCAGAGUUGGGGAUGACUGAAGCCGAGGAGUCCAUGGCUGCGAUUGAGGAGGAGGUGACGACGGAAGCGGAGGGGACAAUGACUGAUACGGCGUCCGAAUCCUAUUCGGACGCGCUUUCCGAUGACGACUGGGCGGCAGGUGAGGAGACGGAGGACGAGACGGUCCAUGGUAAGUUCCAAACACGUGACUGGGUCGAAAUGGAGUUUCCGGAUGAGAAGGACACGCCGAAUGAUGUAAGUGCCCGUCAGCGUUUCCGGAAGUAUCGAGGGUUAAAGAGUUUCAAGAACUCACCUUGGGACAUGGUGGAGAAGUACGACAUACCAGAAUGGUAUUCUCAGGUGUAUUCCAUUAAGCCGUACAAGCAGAUCCUGAAGGCCGCAGCGGAUGCUUACCGGAAGGCGCUGGAGACAGCGAGCUCCACUGCCGAACAGAGGGGUAAGGGGGGUAAGUUUCGUUAUAUGUGUCUGACUCUGCGGGUGCCUGACGAGUUCGCUACGGCCCUGGACCGGAGGCUGGCUACGAGUAAGCCAUUGGUAGUGUCGACCAUCAGCUUGCUGGAGAGAAAAGUAAGUGUGCAACACUACUCAUGUAACCGUUUCGGCGACUGCGAAGACGUUCCGGUCCCGACCAAAAGUGAGCUCGUUAUCCAGUGUGGUUUCCGAAGACACUCGGUCAAGGCCAUUUUCAGCAAACAGGGACAUGGCGGUUAUACCGUGCCCGCUGAAACAGGUAACCCCUCCGGCCACAAGCUGAGUGCCACGCGGUACCUGUCCGAGACGACCAAGGUUCCCGGCAUCCUGUCCGCCGUGGGCCCUUGCCAGGCUUUCCCCGGACCCGCACUCAUCUGGUUCCUAAACAUGCCCGACAAAUUUCAACAGGAAGUGGAUAAAAUUAUACAAAAUGAUACUAGACAAAGACCCACUCCUGGACUGGCCUUAGGAUACGGCAAUUAUAUCAGUGCAGAUACCAACCGACUCAUUGUCAAGCGAAUCCUGCUAACCGGUUACCCGCAGAAGAUCAGUGGCAAGAAGGCAACCAUUAGUCGAAUGUUCCUCACUCGGAAUGACGUAGAUUAUUUCGCGCCAAUCACACUGUUCACCAAACGGGGCAGGCAAGGCAAGAUUAAAGAAGCACUGGGCACACACGGCGAUAUGAAGUGCGUUUUCAGCGCACCCGUGGAACAUGGUGAAACUGUUUGUCUACCACUCUACAAGAGGCAGCUCCCGCCUUUCUACUUACCUCAGUUUGUCUAG